CUUGGAAACCGUCGUAGCGUUGUUGAGGGAGUUGGAGGACAGCACAAUCACUGCAGGAAUGAGAGCGUUUUCCCUUGGAUUAAUCUUCCUAUGCAUUCAGAAUGAGAGAUAUUAUAGUGCCUGAGAAUGCCAGCAGGUGAGCGUGAUGAGCGGGCAACGACCCGGGAAAAAUUCAACGAAGUGUUGAAGAAAUACACUGAAUCGGAGAAGAAAAAGCCAAAGAAGAAAAAGCCUGAAACACAGGAGACCAUUGUGCUUCAGAAUCUAAAAAAGAAUCUCAACCUUGAGAAGGACACAGAAGAUGAUGAGACCAUCCUCCAGAACACGUAUGACCCUGAACAAGGCAGCCCUCGCUACACUAAGAAUAAACGAAGAGAGAGGGAAAUAGUAGAAAAGGUUAAUGUCGACAACAGUAGAAACCAGGAGGAGAUUAAAGCAUCCAAAGCGAAGAGGAAGAGUAAGAGAGACCUUCCCUCCCUCCCGGUACCCGAGGACAUCAGUUAUAUCGAGAAGGAUGCAGAUGCCUCUAAGUCUGAGAUUACUUUAGACUCAGAGGAUGCUGCUGAUAGAAAGGGACCUAAACGGAAAAGUAAGAAGGAGAAGAGCAAAAGAGAUGCAGAAGCUAAAACGGAGAGCCAGGUGGAGGACGCAGAAGAUGAACUGUUGAAUGAAUACCAGCAGCAGAUAGCACAGGAGGAGGAGAGGACUUCAAAGAAGACAAGGAUCAAGGCAGAGGAAGAGAGCACCGUCUCACAAAAUCUUACGUUGAAUAAUGAUGUAGGGAAGAAGAAAAAGAAAAAGCUGAAAUCUGUAGUCACAGAGUCAGAUGCAGGGGAUCAAGACGAAGUUACAAAUCAGGAUGCUGAUGUGGAGAAUGAAACACAACCAAAGGGAAGGAAGAAAAAUAAGAAGAAAAAGCAUGUUGUCAAAGAUGACAGUGAAGCAGAGGCAGAGGCACCGCACAAACCAACGUUUGAUGACAGCCUUGUGCUGGGAGUUUAUAUCCACAGGACAGACCGCCUCAAGACGGACAUCAUGAUCUCUCACCCCAUGGUGAAGAUUCAUGUCAUAGAUGAAAAUACAGGGCAGUAUGUGAAGAAAGAAGACUGCCAUCGGCCCGUCUCCUCAUAUUAUGAGCAAGAGACAGUGGACCACAUUCUCCCCAUCAUGACCCAACCCUUUGACUUCAAGAAGAACAAAUCAAUUAUCCCAGAGUGGCAGGAACAGAUCAUCUUCAAUGAACGCUUUGGUUAUUUUGUUCAACAAACUGAAGACAGCCCCAGGGCCAUACUCUUCUUUGAAAUCCUGGAUUUUGUAACUAUGGAAGAAGCAAGAGCCAAUGUGGACGUCGACAAGCAUGAGCGCGGAUUCAGAAAGAUUGCAUGGGGAUUUCUUAAGCUUGUUGGCACAAAUGGCGUUCUGAAUAUAGAUAGCAAACUUCGCCUCCAGCUCUUCUGCCCCCCACCUCGUGCAAAGAGGCAAUCUAAAACAGUUGAAGUGGUUGAGUGGUGGAAGAAGCACCCAAGAACCAAAUAUGCAUCAACGCUUUAUGUUACAGUGAAAGGCCUUAAACUCCCUGAGCAUGUGGACCCCAGCAUGCGGUCUAUGAUGGCGUUGCAAGAGGAGAGAGGCAGCACCUCCUACAGUGAACUGCAGAACGAGGUCAUCAAGAAAAGUUUGACACAGCCUCUAGACAGCAAGCCGCCAGUCUUGAGAUGGAACAGGCUGCCUGGUCAGGUCUGCCGGAUCCCUAACAAACCCAUGCUGGCGUUCCGUGGGGGCCAGAUGGGCUGCUUCACAGUGCUCUUCUCUCAUGCCGGAACCAUCCUGGCCGCUGCCUGUGCUGACAGAGAUGCUUUCCCUGUUGUAGUGUAUGAGAUUCCCUCUGGCAAGGUUUUGGCUGCAUUCAGCGGUCAUCUCAAAAUAGUGUACGAUCUCUGCUGGUCCAGAGACGAUCGGAGCCUUUUGUCGGCCUCCUCUGAUGGGACUGUCAGAGAGUGGAACGUGGAAAGUCUUCAGGGCACCGCCCAGAAGGUGCUCCCUCAUCCGUGCUUUGUGUACUGCGCUCAGUACCAUCCCACGGCCCAGAGCCUGGUGGUGACGGGCGGCUAUGACAGUCUGGUGCGGGUGUGGAGAUUGGAUGUUGAUGACAUGAAUGGCCAGCUGCUGCAGGAGUUUGAGGGUCACAGCAGCUUCAUCAACACAAUCUGUUUUGAUUCUGAAGGAAGGAGAAUGUUCUCUGCAGACAACAAGGGCUUAAUCAUUGUGUGGAAAACUGCAGUGAGUGACAGCAGGCAGCGGCAGCCCCCGUGUCAUCGCUGGUGUAUAGAGAAGAACAUAGAUGAGAGUGACCUCAGUGGCGUCCCCAUCAACAUGCUGCAGCUCCACCCGAACGGCCGCUGUCUGCUCAUACACGCCAAGGACAGUGUCCUGAGGAUGAUGGACUUGAGGAUUCUGGCUGUGAAGAAGUACACGGGAGCCACCAACUACAGAGAGAGGAUUUAUAGCACUUUCACGCCAUGCGGGAACUUCAUCUUUUCUGGCAGCGAGGACGGAUUGGCGUAUGUCUGGAACACUGACACAGGUGACCAAGUUGCAGUGUACUCUGAGCUUUGUUACCCCACCACUCUCCACGGUGUCACGUUCCACCCUCACGAGGACAUGGUAGCUUUCUGUGCCUUCGGUCAGAGCCAGCCCGUCCACGUGUACCUGUACGAUCGCAAAGUUUCCCAGAUGGAGGCGCACAGUAUCAAAGCCGCGAGCAGAUUGAGUUCUGCAGACGCCAAACUCAGCAGGAGCACAUCUGUCCCCCCAGCUGUGCAGGACACAUCUGCUUCAUUACCCAUGGACCAGUUUGCUCAAGCGACAAGACUCGCAAUAAAGAUGCAGUGUGUCAAGGAACAACUGAAUUCAGUUCUUGACACACAUCAAAGAUCUUCAGCUUCUGGAUUUAUUUAUGAACAAGACAAAGUGAGCAUUACUCACACGAGGAGGACCUUCUCAUCAGAUGCUGGCCCGAUGGGAUUAAACGCCUCACUGCCACCUCCGUCUCUCCUGUCGCCGCACUCCAAGCUGCAGCUCUCUGGCCCUACGGCGGAGCAGCUUAUCUCCCAGACAGCUCUGAGCACUCAAAGCCGUGGCUUCAGUCCAGUCGGUCAGCGUCUAAAAGGAGCGUCAUCUUUCAGGCUACAGGUUAGCCUUCCCGACCACAUCUCUUCAAGUGUACAUGUUGAAACUGAGUCUUCUCCCAUUCAGCAAGUAGUUGUUUCCCUUUAUGACUACAAAGCAAAUCGAUCCGAUGAACUGACGAUACGCCGUGGAGAUGUCAUCCAAGUUCUGUACAAAGACAAUGACAACUGGUGGUUUGGGCGCCUGGUCAACGGGCAACAGGGAUAUUUUCUUGCUUCUUAUGUAGCAGAUCAAAGAGAUCUGAAUGAAGAGCUGACUCAGUCCACAGAAGCACACGCAGCAUUGUCUGAGGGGACUAUGGAGAGGUCAACGCCGACCAGGGUAUCUGCUGCAAUUAGUUCUUCUGGGGAACUUAGGUUUCUUUCUGAGCCGACCCUCUCUGACACCGAACCCGAACUGACCGAUGCCAAAACUAGAAGGAAAAAGAAGAUGAAAAAGCCGGGAGUCCCUGCAGCUUCGUCUUCAGAUGCAGAUACUUCGGGGUCGACCAGCAGGAGAAGAGGCAGAUCAACAGACAGGCCUCUACCAAAGAGGCCGACUGGCAGGACUAACAGUGCCUUUGAGCCUGAUACAUAAACUCACGGACACAUACUCAGAUUUUCAGUGUGCUUUUUAUCUUUAUUCUCUUUAUCACUGCAGUUUUCAUAUAUUUUUAUUUUAGGGCAGUAGGUGUGUUUAUACAAAGCAGAAUGAAUCAGUCAAUUGUUAAAUUUGUCUAUAAAAAAAACCUUUUUGAGAUUUGUACCAUGCUGGUUAACUAUUUUUGUAUAUUUUUCUGCUGAAAGUAAUUUAUCUACGUAUACAAAUUCAUGUAACAAUGUUGCUGAUGAUGUAGGACACAAAGUGUCUGUAAUAUUAUAGCUCUAAUUUUUUAGCCUGUAAGAGAUUUACAAAGUUUGUAUCUGCCGUUUCUUCGCAGCAUUAAAACAUCAGGUAUUCAAAA